AUGACGACCGCCGCAUCGCGACCGACGCCUGCACACCAGCUCUCUAAAACAUCGACACCAACGUUGUCAGCCUCGAAGGCGGAAGAUGUCAACUUCCAAGGACUGCGCAUUCCUCGUGGUCCCGUAACCGCUUCCCUCUCGUUCUACAAAGCCCCUAAGGACGGGUCGCCACCACACAACUAUGUUGAACCUCUCCCGGGUGUUCCACAGCGAAACUGGGGUGAUGGCUGGGAGAGCGUCAGUCUAGACGACUUGCGUGGUCAGGAGCAGAAGUUUGAUCUCGACCAUAAUGCAUUCGACACUUAUCAGAACGUUCAGAGCGCAGAGACCGAGUUCAAGGACGAUGCGCAGAUACGCAACGUAUACUAUCCAGAGGUUGAAAAGCUUCUGCUAGACAACGUUCCGGGCGCACAAAGAGUCAUUCUUUUCGACCACACUAUCCGCAGACCUACCGGUAACCGAAAUCCUGUUCAGCGCGUACACGUUGAUCAAACACCAAUGUCUGCCGCUGAGAGAGUAAAGCUCCAUGCUCCCGAGGACGCGGAGCAACUGCUGCAAGGCCGAUACCGCAUUAUCAAUAUUUGGCGUCCACUCAAUGGACCUGUCAUGGGCUUUUCGUUAGCUGUUGCCGAUAGCCAAACUGUACAAGACGAGGACCUUGUGCCAAUCGAGCAUCGUUACCCCGACCGCAAUGGGCAAACGGCGUCCGUGCGAUACAACCCAGGUCAAAAAUGGUACUACUGGUCUGGCAUGAAGAAUGAGGAUCGGCUGCUGCUCAAGUGCUUUGAUAGCGACGAGAGCGUAGGCCAGUAUGGAAGGGUACCACACACUGCAUUUCUGGACCCAAGAACUCCCGAGGGAGCAGUUGGGCGCGAGAGCAUCGAGGUUCGAGCUCUGGUUUUUGGUUAG